UUUCUCUACCCAUCCAAGACUAAGCCCAGCUCUUGCCUAGACAGUACCAGGUAAGACAGGUGGUGACCUGAGAAUUCUGUGCCUGCUUCUUGACGCCUGCGCCACCAUGGAGAGGCUGAUGAGGUUCCAAGACCCCAGGGGCAACCGCCAAUCCUACAAUGACUUUCACCCUGCCCUGUGGUAUCUUUGCUGCCAGUCUUCACCAGGAGCUGGAGCCCUGAGAUGGAAUGACCAUGAUAGACCUGAGGAAUUUAACUUUGCAAGUGAUGUCCUGGACUAUUGGACUCAAAUGGAGCAGGAAGGAAAGAGAGGUCCAAACCCAGCCCUGUGGUGGGUGAAUAACCAAGGGGAUGAAGUGAAGUGGAGUUUCAGAGAGAUGACAGACUUAUCCUGCUGUGCAGCCAACGUCUUCACCCAGACCUGUGGCCUGCAACAAGGAGACCGCCUAGCCUUGAUCCUGCCUCGAGUGCCUGAGUGGUGGCUGGCGGUCAUAGGCUGCAUCCGAGCAGGUAUAAUCUUCAUGCCAGGAACCACCCAGAUGAAGGCCAAGGACAUUCUCUACCGAUUACAAAUGUCUAAAGCCCAAGGCAUCAUGACCAUAGAUACACUUGCCCCAGAGGUGGAUGCUCUAGUUUCGGAAUGCCCUGCUCUCAAAACAAAGCUCCUGGUGUCUGACCAUAGCCAUCAAGGAUGGCUAGACUUCCGAUCACUGAUUAAAUCAGCAUCCCCAGAUCACACCUGUAUUAAGUCAAAGACGCUGGACCCAAUGGCCAUCUUCUUCACCAGUGGGACAACAGGCCUUCCCAAGAUGGCAAAACACAGUCAUGGGCUUGCCUUGCGAUCUUCUUUGCCUUCAUGCAGGCAAUUACUGCAACUGAAGACAUCUGAUGUCCUCUGGUGCCUUUCGGACCCAGGCUGGAUUCUGGCUAUCUGGGCGUGCAUGUUUGAACCAUGGACAGCAGGAUCUACAGCCUUCGUUCAUCAUCUGCCCAAGUUUGACCCAAAGGUCAUUCAACAGUCUCAGGUUUCCUGCCCUGGAGCACUGCGCUACUGGUGGGGAGGCUCUGCUGCCAGAGAAGCAAGAGGAGUGGAAAAGACGCACGGGCCUUCUGCUCUACCAGGCCUACGGACAGUCAGAAACAGGAAUAAGUUGUGGCACUUUACGGGGAAUGAAGAUCAAGCCAGGUUCCAUGGGGAAAAGCAUCCUCCCCUUCGAUAUCCAGGUUUGGUCCUAAAGGCAUUGGCUGGGAAUAGUUAGGGUUCAGCUGGGAUCAGAAGUUGUGACACCAGGUGACCAAACCAGCUGUUCCCACCCCACUCCCCCGCCCCAGUUGCCAUCCAUUCUCCUCUCCUCCUAUUUUCCCUCUGAUUUCCUCGGGAGACUUCUUUUGAGAACUGCAGUAUCCUGGGCACAAAUGCAGCUGAGCCUGGCAGCUGGAAGCUUCACACACAACAGCUGGGACCAGAGCACCUGGAGCACCUGGCUACUCUCUCCAUCAGCUGGUGCUUCUAGUUUUUCCUCACCUGAGCCUUCCAGUUUGCUGACACAUUUGCAAUGUUUGUAUAUCCAUGAAACAAAUAGACCAAUAAUGUUGGCUUCACCAUUCGCUGAUUUCAAAGACUUUUGACAGUUGUAAUUUAAUUUCUGACAGGGCUCCUCCCCCCACUUAUUCUCACCAGGUUCACAUGAAUAGUCAGCUAUUUUUUGGGUGGGGCAGGUGUGUUGGGGUGGCCCUGCUGGGUGGGAUUCACAGACCUC